AUGACUGAUGACCAACUAUUUGAACUUCUAGGCUUGAGUGAUGAAAAUGAGAGGGCAAAGAAGUCUGCACAAGUUGAUGAAUCAAAUAAUGUUUUAGAAUUAAAUGGUCAUGCAGUCAUUGAGGGCACCGACGGUGCAGCCAUUCCUGUUGAUGAUGCCAUCCCAGGUGAAGUAGUCAUAUUGUACGACAAGAAUAACCCUUGUAUGGACAAGGGCACUAUGUACCCCUCAUUGAAAGAAUUCAGAUUGGUUGUGAGGCAAUUUGUAAUUAAAAAGGAAUUUGAGCUUGCCAUAGAGAAAUCUGACCCGGAGAGAUAUAGGGUCACAGUUCAUAAUGAGGACCAUGGAUGUACAUCUACCAUGAGGAUAAAGACAACUACACCAUCGCAGGCAUGGGUUGCUGACAAGGCUAUUGAUAUCCUCAACACCAAUCCUAACAUGGGUCCCAAAGCCUUGUGGAAGGAAGAGGUCCUUAAGAGAUCACCUGGUAGUAUUGUGGAAAUUGACAUCAAGGAAGUUGAUGGGAGGCCAUACUUUCAUAGGUUUUUCUGUGCACUUAGUCCUUGCAUUGAGGGGUUUGUUGAUGGUUGUAGACCUUACCUUAGUAUUGAUUCUACUGCACUAAAUGGUAAGUGGAAUGGACAUUUAGCUUCAGCUACAUCAAUAAAUGGGCACAAUUGGAUGUAUCCAGUUGCAUUUGGAUUUAUUGACUCUGAGAGUGAGGACAAUUGGGUUUGGUUCAUGACACAGCUCCAUAAGGCAAUAGGGGAUCUAGAACCUCUUGCAAUUUGUUCUGAUGAAUGCAAGGGGUUAGAGAAUGUAGUGCAGAAGGUGUUCCAUAAAGCUGAACAAAGGGAGUGCUUCUUUCAUCUCAUGAAGAAUUUUGCAAAGAGGUUCCAUGGUGACACUUUUGGAAAUAUGUACCCUGCAGCUAGGGCUUACCGCAGUGUGGUGUUCCAGAAGCACAUGACCCCUAUUAUUAAUGGAUCUCCUGAGGUUUGGAAAUGGUUGACAACAUAUCAUAAACUGAAGUGGAUGAGGUGUGGGUUCAACCCAGAAAUCAAGUGUGACUACUUCACAAACAAUAUUGCUGAGGUUUUCAACAACUGGAUUAGGGACUACAAGGACCUGCAUGUUGUUGAUCUAGCUGACAAGAUAAGGGAGACAAUUUUGAUUCUAUGGGAUAAGAGAAGGAGGAUUGGAGAAAGGCUUCAUGGUAGGAUUCUACCAGCUGUAAUGCACCAAUUGAAGGGAAGGACUAGAGGAUUAGGAUACAUGAAUGUACCGCAGAGGUGUCAGACAAGGACUUUGGAAGGCAUGUUGUUUCAGCCACAACACAAACUUGCACAUGUGAAGAGUGGCAGCACACCGGCCAACCUUCUGGGCAUGCACUACCCUUCUUAA